GGGGCCUCCCUGACCACCCCCUUCCCCCGGUUCCACCUUGAGCCUCUCUUUGGACUAAGAGCGAGCAGCCCCCCUUUCCCGGGUCCCUCCUUUCUCUCCAGCCUUUUUGGGGAGGGACUCUCCACGCUCGGGGGAGUUGCCUGGGGUCACCAGCGCCUGUCUCAUCUAUUUCGCCUUCACCUGGAUAUAAUUUCCAAGCGAAGCUGCCCCCAGGAUGACCACACUGGCCGGAGCUGUGCCCAGGAUGAUGCGGCCGGGCCCGGGACAGAACUACCCGCGCAGCGGGUUCCCGCUGGAAGUGUCCACUCCCCUCGGCCAGGGCCGGGUCAACCAGCUUGGAGGUGUUUUUAUCAACGGCAGGCCACUACCCAACCACAUCCGCCACAAGAUCGUGGAGAUGGCCCACCAUGGCAUCCGGCCCUGCGUCAUCUCCCGCCAGCUGCGUGUGUCCCACGGCUGCGUCUCUAAGAUCCUAUGCAGGUAUCAGGAGACCGGCUCCAUCCGCCCUGGUGCCAUUGGUGGCAGCAAGCCCAAGCAGGUGACAACGCCUGACGUGGAGAAGAAAAUAGAGGAAUACAAAAGAGAGAACCCCGGCAUGUUCAGCUGGGAAAUUCGAGACAAAUUACUCAAGGACGCGGUCUGUGAUCGAAACACCGUACCCUCAGUGAGUUCCAUCAGCCGCAUCCUGAGGAGUAAAUUCGGGAAAGGCGAAGAGGAGGAGGCCGACCUGGAGAGGAAGGAGGCAGAGGAGAGUGAGAAGAAAGCGAAACACAGCAUCGACGGCAUCCUGAGCGAGCGAGCCUCGGCUCCCCAAUCAGAUGAAGGCUCUGACAUCGACUCUGAACCAGACUUACCCCUCAAGAGGAAACAGCGCCGGAGCCGCACCACCUUCACAGCAGAACAGCUUGAAGAACUGGAGCGGGCUUUUGAGAGAACCCACUAUCCUGAUAUUUACACCAGGGAGGAACUGGCCCAGAGGGCAAAGCUUACGGAGGCCCGAGUACAGGUCUGGUUUAGCAACCGCCGUGCAAGAUGGAGGAAGCAGGCUGGGGCCAAUCAACUGAUGGCUUUCAACCAUCUCAUUCCGGGGGGAUUCCCUCCCACAGCCAUGCCGACCCUGCCAACGUACCAGCUGUCAGAGACCUCUUACCAGCCCACAGCUAUUCCACAAGCCGUGUCAGACCCCAGCAGCACCGUCCACAGACCUCAGCCGCUUCCUCCAAGCACUGUACACCAAAGCACUCUUCCUUCCAACCCGGACAGCAGCUCUGCCUACUGCCUCCCCAGCACCAGGCAUGGAUUUUCCAGCUAUACAGACAGCUUUGUGCCUCCAUCCGGGCCCUCCAACCCCAUGAACCCCGCCAUUGGCAAUGGCCUUUCACCUCAGGUAAUGGGACUUCUGACCAACCACGGCGGGGUACCCCACCAACCCCAGACUGACUACGCGCUCUCGCCUCUCACUGGGGGCCUGGAACCUACCACCACGGUGUCGGCCAGCUGCAGUCAGAGACUAGACCAUAUGAAGAGCUUGGACAGUCUGCCGACCUCUCAAUCUUAUUGUCCACCCACCUAUAGCACCACGGGCUACAGUAUGGACCCUGUCACGGGCUAUCAGUAUGGGCAGUAUGGACAAAGUGCCUUUCAUUAUCUCAAGCCAGAUAUCGCAUAAGUGAACUGUCCACUUGGAGCGUAAACUGGCCCUGUUUCCGGUCUCCACGGCCUAGACAUGAAGAAUCUUCUCA